CAGCUCGUCUUCUCGGCCGUCGGCGUCGCCUACCCCAUGUACGCGUCGCUCCUCAUGCUCGCCGAGGACACGACGGAGGACGCGGCCAUGUGGAUCACCUACUGGUGCACGUUCACGUGCUUCAAGAUCGUCAUGGGCCCGCUCGACUUCAUCCUGAGCUUCCUCCCCUUCUACUUCUACCUCAAGCUCACGCUCCUCGUCUGGCUCUUCUCCCCGACGACCAAGGGCGCCGCCAUGGUCUACGAGAAGGGCGUCAAGCCCUUCGUCUUCCCCCUCCUCGUCGGCCCGAACGAGAAGUCGGACUAG